UAUCAUAACACCUAGGAAUAAGGUAUACUAGUAGGUUUUUAAUCAUUAGAUGAAACAUAAAAAAUCUGAACCGUUCAUGUGGUGAGGUCUUACAAAACAUGUCCAAUACCGCGGCUCCAUGGUACUACUCCCCCAAUGAAGCCCUUCUCAGGCCAAUGUGGUCAAAGCGUCACCAUCGCAGGCAACAACCCUUUCUCUGGCCAGUAUGCUUGAAGCAUCAUCGCCAAGUGCAAAUCGAUUAAAAAAAAAAAAAACCACUCCUGUCGAUGUUCACUGACAGCGGAGAAACCAGGAGAAAAAACAACUGUUGCCAGAGAAACCGGGAGAAAAAAAGUUCAAAAGUCAGGGAAAGUAGCAGCGGGGAAGCGGCGGUAGCAGCGGCUCAAACUAGAGGAGUCGUGGAGAAACUCUCCUGCUUGCAGCAGCGAGUCAUGGGGAGCAACCUCUCCUGCUUACAGCACCGGCGGCAACAGCAACAACGGCGGUAGCAGCAGCUCAAACCACAGGAGUUGGUAGUUUUUGGGGGGAAACCGAAAGGACUGCGAAGCUACUUUGCAGUUAUGUCGUCUUCUAGGGUUUUUAGAGGUUCUCCGGCUCUCAUGGCAGCUGCGAAGGCGGCAAAAGCAUCUGCUGCAACCUCCUCCGGCGUCAAUGCUACUAUGCCUCAAGCACCGAACCGUACCAGUGGUAUCUUCAAGGUCACUCCCGUGUCCCAUGCCAUGCGCCAGUUCCUCGGCGUUUCUGAGGCCUCUCGUACCGAUGCUGUCAAGAAAAUCUGGGACUACAUCAAACUCAACAGCCUUCAGAACCCAGCAAAUAAAAGGGAGAUCCGAUGUGAGGAAAAGCUGACGACAAUAUUUGAUGCGAAGGAGACAGUUGGAUUCCUGGAGAUUGGGAAAUUGCUGUCGCCCCAUUUUGUGAAGACUAACUGAGAUCGGAAUUGGCUUUUAACGUUGCCACAUUUUUGUGAUCAUAGACCUCUUGGCUGCUUUUCAGGUGUAUUUGGCAAGUCUUUAUGACUUGAAAAUGGACUUGGU